AUGGGCAACUCCUGCUCCGGCCUCAAGGAGAAGCUGGGGCAGAGGGUGCGGCCUUCGCCCACGCUGAGCUUCCUCCGCUCCGUGCUGUUCCCCAAGAAGAAGAAGGAUUUCUGCGUGGUGGUCCUGGGCUCUGCCGGCGUGGGCAAGAGCGCGCUGGUGCAGCGGUGGGUGAACAGCUGCUUCUCGGAGAAGUACGAGCCGCCCGCGCCCCUGUCGGAUGUCAUCUACCACGUGCCCGAUGGCCUGUUCGGCUCGGGGACCAAGAUGCGCAUCACCGACCUCCCAGGGGGCCAGCUGUACCCUGCGCUGCAGUGCCUCAAGAUUGCCAGGGGCCACGCCUUCAUCCUGGUCUACUCUGUCACCGAGAAGCAAACCCUGGAGGAGCUGACGCCCUUCUACAUGCUCAUCCGCGAGAUCAAAGGCCCCAACCUGCACAAGUACCCGGUGGUGCUGGUGGGCAACAAAUGCGACGAGGCCCGCCGCGAGCUCACCACGCUAGAUGGCGCUGCCUACGCGCUCAAGUGGAAUUGCGGCUUCUUCGAGACCUCGGCCAAGAGGAACAUCAACGUGGAGGAGCUGUUUUUCGAGCUGCUGACCCAUGAGAGGGGGGCGGAGACCAGCCCCCAGGCCACCCCCGAGAAAUCCCAGAUGCCCGAUGCCGCCACCGAGGACAGGCUGGCAGCUGCCACGUAA